AUGGAGGAAGCGGAGUCACGCUUCCAGAUGGCCCUCCACGCGGAGAUGGAGGCUGCCUGCCACCUGCUGAGGGAAGCAUUGGCUCUCCGCCUUCAAUGUGAUGGGCCGACGGCACACACCAGCGCGUCCGCGGCCACGCAGACCGAAGACACCACCACAAAGAAGAAGAGGAUGGUGAUCAACCGCGCCAGCCAGACCACCGACGGCGCCUCAACCAUCCCCACAGAAGCCAGCGUGCGUGUCGAUGAGGCCACCCAGACGUCGUCCAAACGGUGCAAGCGCCAUCGAGGCGCCCAAACCGAGACGACGGAUGCGGUGUCCAUCGGCACGCAAACCGAAGUGGCAGCCACGGAGCCCACCAGGUCUCCAUGGAAGCUGCACAAAAUCGAGACGACAACGAGCAGCAAACCUCUCACUCCAAGUCCUCCCUCCCCAGAGGUAGAGGACCUCAGAGUGAGAGAAGAAAGAAGAAGAAGAGAGCGAGAGGCGGAACACGAAGCCGCCCUUGCCCACCGGGAACGACAGCGCCAACUACAAUGGCGACUCCGUCUCGGAAAAAAAAGGGAAGGACCAUGA